AUGGCUCUCAAUGACACUGGCCUCACGCUCGGGUCGAAGAUUUCCCUCCCAGUCUCCUAUAUCGUCGCGUCCUUUCUCUCAGUCGCCCUCUACAAUGUGAUCGAGUUAACGAUUACUCUCUUCCUGACCUUCAAACGUCGACGCGGUCUCUAUUUCUGGAGCUUCUUCGUCGCAACCUGGGGGAUUGCCAUUUAUGCCGUCGGUUUCAUUCUCAAAGACUUUGGGCUAGCAACGUCGAUCUCAUAUUUUUACGUCACUUUAAUCGUCGUGGGCUGGUGCAUGAUGGUCACAGGCCAGUCAUUAGUCCUUUACUCCCGGCUUCACCUAGUUGUGCAUAGUCGUCUCAUACUCCGUUUGGUCCUUGGGAUGAUCAUCACCAAUGCGAUAAUACUCCAUAUUCCGACCAUAGUGCUUUGUUAUGGAGCCAACUCUCCAUCAUUUUCCCGCUUCGAAACACCAUAUUCGGUGUACGAAAAAAUUCAAGUCUCAAUAUUUUUCGUCCAAGAAACCAUCAUUUCGUAUAUUUACAUCCAUGAAACACGAAAAUUACUUCGUUGUGAGCGCGAAUUUGUUGAGCUUAAUGGCGACUCUGGCAAACGACUCCUACUUUUUUUGAUUUUGAUUAACGUCACGGUGAUUAUAUUGGACAUUUUCAUAUUGGUACUCGAGUAUGUGGGCCGAUAUACGUCACAGACUGCAGUCAAAGGAUUUAUAUACAGCGUGAAGUUGAAGCUGGAAUUCACAAUUCUGAAUCGUUUGGUUGAGUUUGUCCAGAGAUCACGAUGCUCUGUUUCGAGUUUGGUCGAUGGAAGUGGCUCUCAACAUAGUUGGAAUAUCCGACACGAGGAACAAAGCACUGAAAUUCGUCAUCGUCGUUCACAUUGUUCUUUUGCUGUUUUCGCUCGCAAGGUUCAUCAUGAGCUUGGAAUAUCUGCCGAGAAAUAUGUUCUGAAGGUUACGCACAUUGUGAAGAGGAAGCAGGUUGUUGGAGCUUGUGCGGCGUCAAGCUGA